AUGGUGUUAUCGGUGAAUUCACAACGGGACAUUGACAAACACUUUGAAGGUACUAAUAUUUAUUGGACAGCAGUGGAGAAACAGCAACUAGCGUGGGCCCAUCUGGCUCGUCGUGGCAAGAAGAUCCGGCUUCAGAUAUCGAUCAACUAUAUAGAGGAUAGCGGGCCUCCUUCUAGAACCGAGAAGAGAGGAAAGUCAUCGGUGACAACACGAAUGAUUGCUGACCGAGAUGCUCAGAUUGACGCAGAGCAGAUCUCUGGUCAUCAUUCCGUCUGGCGCGAUGUGUAUCGUGUCAUGCGAUGCCCCGGGCCUCCAUGUCGCCACGGCCUCUAUGUACUGCCUGAGGCUCUGCCUCAGGCAGGAAUGCAUCCAGGAAGGUUUCUCCAUACCGAGAAGUUCCUUAGCUCAGGAAGUGACAAUCCGGAAAGUUCCCUGAUUUCAGGAGGUAACAGAGUCCUCGAGACGCACAAUUAUGUUCCUGACAGUGUUCGCGAGCAGCUAUAUGACGAAGAGAACCAGCAAGUGGACAAAAAAAAGAAAGCUGUGGAUUAUUCUACAAUGGGUUCAAUGUGUCCUCCAAUCAAUAUCAAUGUCCUCCCAGCCGGAGCAUUUCAACAACCGAUGCAUACUCCUGCUAAUGAUACCAUGCCCACUACGCCCGGCUGUACUGAAUCAAUUAUGAUCGACGGCCUGCUAGAUGUUGCCGUGGAGGAAUAUACCGAAUGGCAGCAAUCACGGGUGAGCAACGAGACUUUCCGGGAGAAUAUCACCAAAGCACACGAUGUGACCAUCGAAAAUUGUCUCGACCUCAUGCAGAUCUAUGAGGGUCAAGACCCGGGUUUCUUUGUCAAGCACGGCGUGAAAGUAGGUGCCGCCCGGCGAUUUGUGCGUGAUAUCGGCCUUUGGGUGAAACGACGCAAAGAAAUGGCUUGCAACCAAAUACUCAUUUAG